AGUAAAUGUAAAUUAAGGAGUAUACAGUGUUGCGCCUAUAGAUAACAACUUGUUUUCUAUAGAAUUAAUGAUUUUCUGGUCGACUUCAAUUAUAUUUCUCAGUUAAUAAUCAGCAUAUAUUGAAAUGUACUUUAGGUGGAUAGCAUUUCAUUGACUGGAAUCUAAUGAAGCAACUUCUGUGAUAUACUUGACAAUUUUUGUAUAGGAGAAAAUGUUUAACCACUUCGAAGGGGAUACUUAAUUGAAAUAGAAAAGGAGAGUUGUGUAUUUUUUUGGAGUUUGUAAAAAUGAAGACAACAAUUUAAAAAUUCAUAAAUUGAACAGAUUUGUAUUUAAAGAUGGAUAAACAUUAUUCACAAACAUCUCGUACGAGCACGAUGAGUACUAGGGACCAUAUUUUCUUAACUCCUGCUGUAUUAUCAGGAAUAAGUGACAGUCCAUUGCUUGGAGUAAAAAGAGUUGACAUUAGUUUUGUUCAAAAAGAUAAUAAACGUUUAGGACCUAUCAAGAAGAUUAUAAAACAGAGAGUCAAACCCAUAACUGAAGAAUCACUUUCCGAUCACAGGACGAUGGGGAGUGAAAGUGAUGGCUUUGAUUUUUGUGAGGAUGCAAUAGAAAAAGUAGCUAAGGCUAAUUCAGUUCGAUUGGAAACUACACAGAUUUUACCUGAAGUGACAGCCUCUACGUGUGCUUUUCAUACAAAAUCAGACAGAUUAAAGAAUGAUUUGUUAUAUAUGUCAAAUCACCAUGCGGGACAUCUACCACAAAAUCGUUUGAGACCUAAAGCUUUGUCUAAUAUAUCAAUUAAGACUCGAAAAAAAAUUCCAAAAAUACCAUCAGAAAUGGAUCUUAGACAACUGGAAAGAGACCUUGAAAAAUAUCCUAAGUUUCCUUCAGCCUUGCCUGGUCACAUGCCGUCAAAAGAGUUUGUUAUGACAUGGUUAUUGCAUGGGUCGGAACCUGAACACCACUUUCCGGAACUAACUACUCCAAGAGAUAAAAAACCGUCAAAGUUAAAACAACACAAAUUAGGUGCUUAUAGAAAUACGUUCGUUAGUGAAUGAUUUUUAAAAAAGGUCUAUAUAUGUAUUUGUAUUUGAGCUAGAUGCAUGGAAAUCAAUAUUGUCGUGAACAACAGAAAAAAUAAGGUUUUAUUUCGUGGAAACCCUGUCGUUAUCUAUAGUACACGCACAAUCAAACGUUUAUCAGCUUCAUCACUCGGAAUCAAACAUAUAAUCAUUGUUUCAAAUUUGCAUGGCAAUUAAUUAUUGUUUGAACUUGCUGUGAACUUUAUGCAGUCGUUUGUAUUAUGGUAAACAACAUCGGGAUAUAAACUUGCAAACAUGUGCAAUUGAUGUUUUCAUCGCAUCUGAUACUUCUAAGAGAGUGAUUAUUUAUAUUUAAUACAGAAAACGAAUAGCUUAAUGUCGUCCUCAACCCACAUCUGCAUAACACACAGAACAAUCUUCAAUUGGACAAAGCAUGAUCACUCACACUUUCUGGCAAACAUGAAAUGUCCAUGAGAAUGUGAUUUUCCGCCAUGGUUUAAAGAGAAUCUAUACGACAUCAUAACAUCCAUGUUGUAUCUCCGGCUACCAUAAGGACAAACAAUAUAUAUGAAUAAAAUAGUGUAUCCUUAUUACGAUAAAAUAGUGUAUCCUUAUUACGAUAAAUUUUGAAAAGA